AUGUCACGUGGAAUUUUACUGACGGAUGCCGAAAAAGCCUCAAUUCAGUCAUUCAAGACGGCUGGAUGGUCCAACCGGCAGUUUUCUCGUCAUCCGAAGCGCUCCAAGACUUGCAUUGACAACUUUGUCAACAAUCCCAAUCCAAACAAGCAAUCGAAAAAGCGUGGAACAAAGCCGAAACUCAAUUCUCGCGCCAAACGAUCAGUCGCUCGUGUUGCUUCCAACUCUUUGAAGUCAUGUAACGACAUCAAUCAGGAGCUGAAUCUUGGAGUAAGCAGGUGGACGGUUUGGAGAGCCCUCAAGAAAGAUGCUAACAUUGUUCGGGAGGUCAUGCGUCCUGCUCCGUGCCUCACCGAUCGCCACAAGUUGCGUCGACUCGACUUCGCUCGUUCCAACACGUCGACCGAUUGGGGAAAGGUACUGUUAACUGGUAAUUUUCACUUCAAAACUUGAUAUUUCUGUCAGAUGAUCUUCUCCGAUGAAAAAAAGUUCAACCUCGACGGUCCCGAUGGAUACAAGUUCUAUUGGCACGACCUCCGAAAGGACCGGCUCGUCUUCUCGAAGAGGAACUUCGGAGGAGGAAGCCUGAUAGUUUUGAACGCUUUCUCCUCGAUCGGAUAUUUACAAAAUGCAUUCAGAUAA